AUGAAAAAGGAGUUGAGGUGGUUGAUUAGAGUAGUUGUGGAAGUUGAAAAAAGGAGUUGGAAGUGGUUUGAUGUAGGAGUAGUUGUUGAAGAUGAAAAGGAGUUGAGGUGGUUUGAUGUAGGGAGAGUAGUUGUUGAAGUUGAAAAAGGAGUUGAAGUGGUUGAUGUAGGAGUAGUUGUGGAAGUUGAAAAAGGAGUUGAGGUGGUUGAUGUAGGAGUAGUUGUUGAAGUUGAAAAAGGAGUUGAAGUGGUUGAUGUAGGAGUAGUUGUUGAAGUUGAAAAAGGAGUUGAAGUGGUUGAUGUAGGAGUAGUUGUGGAAGUUGAAGUGGGAGUUGAGGUGGUUGAUGUAGGAGUAGUUGUUGAAGUUGAAAAAGGAGUUGAAGUGGUUGAUGUAGGAGUAGUUGUGGAAGUUGAAAAAGGAGUUGAGGUGGUUGAUGUAGGAGUAGUUGUUGAAGUUGAAAAAGGAGUUGAAGUUGUUGAUGUAGGAGUAGUUGUGGAAGUAGAAAAAGGAGUUGAGGUGGUUGAUGUAGGAGUAGUUGUGGAAGUAGAAAAAGGAGUUGAAGUGGUUGAUAAAAAAGGAGUGAAGUGGUUUGAUGUAGGAGUAGUUGUUGAAGUUGAAAAAGGAGUUGAAGUGGUUGAUGUAGGAGUAGUUGUUGAAGUUGAAAAAGGAGUUGAGGUGGUUGAUGUAGGAGUAGUUGUUGAAGUUGAAAAAGGAAUUGAAGUGGUUGAUCGAGGAGUAGUUGUGGAAGUUGAAGUGGGAGUUGAGGUGGUUGAUGUAGGAGUAGUUGUGGAAGUUGAAGUGGGAGUUGAGGUGGUUGAUGUAGGAGUAGUUGUGGAAGUAGAAAAAGGAGUUGAGGUUGUUGAUGUAGGAGUAGUUGUGGAAGUAGAAAAAGGAGUUGAAGUGGUUGAUGUAGGAGUAGUUGUUGAAGUUGAAAAAGGAGUUGAAGUGGUUGAUGUAGGAGUAGUUGUUGAAGUUGAAAAAGGAGUUGAAGUGGUUGAUGUAGGAGUAGUUGUGGAAGUUGAAGUGGGAGUUGAGGUGGUUGAUGUAGGAGUAGUUGUGGAAGUUGAAAAAGGAGUUGAGGUGGUUGAUGUAGGAGUAGUUGUUGGAAGUUUGAAAAAGGAGUUUGAAGUGGUUGAUUGUAGGAGUAGUUUGUGGAAGUAG